AUGGAGAAAAUCAACGCUCCCGUCCCCGUCGUACACAGCUUACAACACGAAGACGUUCUCCAGCAGCCAACAGUUGCUGAGGGUAGCAUCGAAGACGGUCACACAAGCCCCCCCAGUCAACGGCUUUCCGAGGGUCACCAACCAUCGCUACAGACCAAUGAAGAAAAGGCAGGACUCGUCUCCCCAGCACUUGCCGGGCCAGAUGGGGGUCUCCAAGGCUGGCUUCAAGUUGCGGCAGCUUUCCUGCUUGUGUUAGACGGCUUCGGUUUCAUCACGGCAUUUGGAGUUUUCCAACAACACUAUCGCGUGAUCCUGCCGCUAAGCGUUUCCAACAGAGAUAUAUCAUGGAUCGGAUCCAUGCAAAUUUUCCUCCUUUUCCUUCUGGGAACGGUCAGCGGCAGGCUGAUCGACGCCGGAUACUUCAGAACUACACUAAUCGUGGGCUUCGUCUUUCAAGUCGGGGGUGUCUUUGCAGCCUCAUUCGCCAGUGAAUAUUGGCAAUUUCUCCUCUCUCAAGGCAUCGCCACAGGUAUCGGCAACGGCAUGCAUUUCACAGGCCUCGUCUGGUUGGUUUCACAAUACUUUACCAAGAAGCGGGGGCUGGCGCUUGGAAUCAGUUCCUGCGGUGCCCCUAUCGGCGCGGUCAUCUUCACCAUCAUUGCACGCGAGAUGAUUGACACGACUGGGCAUAAGUGGACACUUCGUACCAUGGGCUUCCUGAUUCUCUUCAACAGCGUCAUUAUUUUCCUCAUUGCGCGACCCAAGGAGGCCAAACGCACAGGAGGCCCUCUGCUAGAGCUGUCAGCUUUCACAGAGCUGCCGUACCUCCUGUUCACCAUUGGCAUGUUUUUUGCCCUGUUGGGUGUCUAUUUUGCCUAUUACUAUGUCCCCAAUUUUGGUAGAGAUGUGCUUAAACUUAGCCAAGAUGAAGCUCUGACCGUUCUUAUUGUCAUGUCGGCCGUGGGGAUCCUUGGACGAUUGAUCCCGCCAUAUCUCGCUGACAGGAGCAUCAAACCUCUGAGAACACUCGUCAUCUCCGUGCUCCUCAGCAGCCUAAACGUCUUCGCCUGGAUUGCUGUAAGCUCGACUGCAGGACUCUACGUCUGGGUCGUUGCCUAUGCUUUCACGGCCAACGCAAUGCAGACAUUGUUCACGGCGUCCAUGGGCGAGGUGACGUCUGAUAUGUCAAAGCUCGGAGUGAGAAUUGGCAUGGUCUUCACCAUAGUUAGCUUUGCCUGUUUGGUCGGGUCUCCUAUCGGGGGAGGUCUCGUUGAUGUGAAUGGCGGCGUUUACACGUAUGCACAAAUAUUCGCUGGCGCGUCCAUGUUGGUAGGCGGCCUACUCGUUGCACUGGCAAAGGUGAAGCAGGUUGGUCUCAAGGAAUUUUGGCGAAUUUAG